GUUUGAAAGGUUUGUUUUUUGAUCCGCUUAGCAAUAGAGUACUUUAAGUCUAAAGAGUAACCAACUUUCAAAGAUCGUGAGGGGUUCGUUAUUGUAGAUUAUCACACUAUGCAGAAGCUAUUCUCCCUCAAACUAAUUACCAGAAACCCAAGAAAAAUUGCUUCACAAACCUUACGAUCAAACCCAUUCCCUCCCCACCGGGCCCCCGAUGUGCCCCCACAUCACCACCACCUCCACCACCGUGGUUUCUCUCAUUAUACCACUUCUCCACAGCCAUUGCAGCAAGCACCCACCAACUGUUUGAUGAAAGUCCUUUCAAACCAAGUUCUUCUAAAGCGGCUCUUGCCUAAUGCGCUUUUGAAACUGAAAGCCACAAGCAAAAUUUUCGUGGAUCAUGGUGAACUUGGGUUUGUAAGAGCUCAAUUCAGAAGACAAAGCUUCCAAUUCGACCAACCUAUUAGUUACCAAAAAACAUGGCAGUCGCAGUUUAGAAGGAGACUCACCAGCGAUGGUGUGGUAAUAGGUUUAAUCGUGACAAAUGUAGCUGUGUUUCUGCUAUGGAGAGUUGCUGAUCGUAAGUUCAUGAUGCAAAACUUCAUGAUACAAUUGGACAACUUCAAAAGUGGACGAUUCCAUACUAUGAUAACUGCUGCUUUCAGUCAUAUUGAAGUUGGACAUAUCAUCUCAAAUAUGAUUGGGCUUUAUUUCUUUGGCAGGAGUAUUGGACAACAAUUUGGGCCUGAAUUUCUGCUGAAGUUAUACUUAGCUGGGGCUUUUGUUGGUUCAGCCUUCUUUUUGGUGCACCAUGCUUUUCUGGCUCCAUCAUCAAAGGACAGACGAUUAUUCGAAUCCGACCCUUCAAAAGUUCCAGGGCUGGGAGCAAGUGGUGCAGUGAAUGCUAUUAUGCUUCUUGAUAUAUUCCUUUACCCAACAAAAACUAUAUAUCUUGAAUUUAUCAUACCUAUUCCUGCAAUCUUACUGGGGAUAUUUUUAGUUGGGCAUGAUAUGAUGAGAAUACUAGAGGGAAAUAGUCAAAUCUCUGGGUCUGCACACUUGGGUGGUGCUGCGGUGGCGGCGAUAGCUUGGGCACGGCUGAGGAAAGGGCGGUUUUGACUUAUGAAUUCUUUUAGUUAAACUAGAUUUAUUUGACUUAAAAAGAGUAUAUAGAUUCUAUUCUAAGAUAGCCUAAGGGUGUUGUUUUUGCCUAACUUUCACACUCAUUUGGGCCUAUUUAUUAGGGAGUUUAAAUAUUCAAUUCUUAACUAUAGACUAGAGAACCCAUUUGAUUGAUCCUUGUAUUUAAUGGGCCAAGUUAAAUAGGGUUUAGUUCAUGGGUCUCAUUUAUACUUUAUAAGAGGACUAACAAUGGUUUUGAGUUGAAAAUAGGUUUGAAGUUGGA